AUGGGAGCCACACCCUUCACAGAGAGAAUCUUAAGAGCGAAACUCCCCAGAGGCUUCGACAAACCCACCGACAUGAAGUACGACGGAACUAAAGACCCUCAAGAGCACCUAACGGCUUUCGAGGCCAGAAUGAACUUGGAAGGAGCAUCCGACGCGGUCCGAUGCAGAGCCUUCCCAGUAACCCUUGCCGGACCAGCGAUCAAAUGGUUCAACGCCCUCCCGAACGGAUCCAUAACCAGCUUCCACGACAUCACAAGAAAAUUCAUGGCCCAAUUCACAACCCGAAUCACCAAGGCCAAACACCCCAUCAGCUUGUUAGGGGUCACACAGAAACAAGAAGAAUCUACAAGAAAAUACCUCGACCGCUUCAACGACGAAUGCCUGACGAUCGACGGACUCACGGACUCCGUUGCCAGCCUCUGCCUAACUAACGGGCUCAUGAAUGAAGACUUUCGCAAACAUCUCACCACUAAACCAGUAUGGACCAUGCACGAAAUCCAGAACGUCGCCAAAGAUUACAUCAACGACGAGGAAGUCAGCCAGGUCGUCGCUGCCAACAAACGGCAGCACGUCGCUACCCAACACGGCAACCCGACUCCCCGUCAUAACCCACCACCCAAAGAGAACCAACGAGACCACCUUAAACCAACCCACCGACCACCAAGAAUAGGAAAAUUCUCCAAUUACACCCCCCUAACAGCACCAAUUACUGAGAUAUACCACCAAAUAGCAGAUCGAGGUGUCAUCCCCAAAGCCCGACCACUCAAGGAAAGGACAGGAGGAAACAAAGCCCUCUACUGCGAUUACCACCGAGGAUACGGCCACAAAACACAAGAUUGUUUCGACCUUAAAGACGCUCUCGAGCAGGCCAUACGAGACGGCAAACUCCCAGAGUUUGUCAAAUUCAUCAGAGAACCAAGGCGCGCCGACAGAGACAAGUCACCAGAAAGAGAAGGACGCAACCCGAGAAUACAAAAGCCGCCCCCCAGGGAAAACCCCGAAGAGGAUCCGACCAUCAUAGUGAACGUCAUCACGGGCAAGGACGUAUCGAAUAAGUCAAAGCUAACAAUGAAAAAAGACCUCAAAAUAAUGGCCGUCAGGCACCACGACCCAAUCACCAUAGCCGACAGCACGAUAACUUUCUUGCCGGAAGACUGCCAACACGGCACCUCGGCCGAAGACGCCCCCUUCGUCAUAUCAGCCCGAAUCGGAACAGGGCUAGUAAGAAGAAUACUGGUGGACACUGGCGCCGACUCUAACAUCCUCUUCCGAGGAGCUUUCGACAAACUCGGGCUCCGCAACGACAACCUCCAGACACACCGCCACGGCGUCACGGGCCUCGGAGACAACUUUCUCAAACCAGACGGCUCGGUUAUCCUUCCCAUCACCAUAGGAACAAGCAAUCAGAGAAAGACGAUCUUAUCCGAAUUCGUAGUCCUGAAAGACUCCACAGCCUAUAACGUCAUUCUCGGGAGAAAAACGAUCAACGACUUCUCUGCAGUCAUCUUCACCAAAUACCUCCUCAUGAAGUUCAGGGCCGAUGACGGCACCAUCGGAACCAUUCACGGAGACCGGAAAGUCGCAGCCGAAUGCGACAACAAUAGCUUAGCCCUAAGGAAAAAAUCCCUGAACGCAGCCGGAAUAUUCCUUGCCGACCUAGACGCACGACUAGACGGCCAACCUAGACCGGAACCAGAAGGAGACAUGGAAAAGCUACAGAUAGGGCCAACCAAAGAAGAAUACACUUUCAUCAACAGAAACCUCCCGUACGACCUCAAAGAAGAACUCUCCCAACUUUUGAAACAAAACAGAGACCUGUUCGCAUUUACACCAGCCGAUAUGCCGGGAAUAAGCCCCGACCUUAUGUCUCACCAUCUGGCAGUAGACCCCCUAGCCAAACCAGUGGCACAAAGAAGACGGAAAAUGUCACCAGACCGAGCCGCCGAGGUCCGAAAACAGGUGAAAGCCCUACUCGAAGCCAACUUCAUCCGAGAACUCCCUUAUACGACCUGGCUAGCCAACGUCGUACUGAGAACGAUAUUCACCCUAGACUCAGAAGACUAUCUAGAGCAGGAUCCUCUUCGCAGAACCAUCAUCAACGAACUACGAAAAUAUCUCGCAUACUCGAAAAUCAGGGUUGUUACAAAGGACGCCUUCCCCCUACCGAACAUUGACGGGCUAGUGGAUGCGGCAUCCGGCCACCGAUACCUCAGCUUCAUGGACGCAUAUUCCGGCUACAACCAGAUGCCGAUGCACCGACCAGACGAAGAAAAAACUGCAUUCAUCACCCCGGACGGAACCUACUGCUAUAGAGUAAUGCCCUUCGGCUUAAAAAACGCCGGAGCCACCUACCAGCGACUUGUUAACAAAAUGUUUCGCAACCUAUCCGGAAACAAAAUAGAAGUCUACAUUGAUGAUAUGCUCGCCAAGACGGAAUCCGGUGAGCAACUAACCGACGACCUCAAGGUAAUAAUGAACACCCUGCGAAAACACCAAAUGCGACUCAACCCAACAAAAUGUGCCUUCGGAAUGGAAGCAGGAAAAUUCCUCGGCUUCAUGAUCACGCAACGCGGAGUUGAGGCAAACCCAGAAAAAUGCCGUGCCGUCCUUGAGAUGACAAGUCCCAAAAACCUCAAAGAAAUCCAAAAACUCACCGGCCGACUAACCGCACUAUCCCGGUUCCUCGGGGCAUCGGCCCAAAAGGCAAUCCCUUUUUCAAACUUAUGA